CGACUCUGUGCGCAUGCGCAGAAAACCGCUCCGGUUGCUCCUGUUGUAAACAAGACGGCUCAACAACAGUAAACGCUUGCAAGAUAGCACUGGUUUGAUCAGGCUACUGGGAGUGAAGGCACAUUUUACCUGUUACAUACUGACAGUGGAUAUGAAAGGACAACAGAAAAGUUCUGAACCUGAUGUCAAUGUUCCAGACAUUGAAGGAGGGGCAGUUGCUACUGCAGAGGACCCAUCAGCAAUCACAACUAUUCAGUCUGCUUCUACGUUCUCCUCGGAGCAGCCGAUUAAAUACCUCUUCAAGACUGAGGGAGCUGGGGGGCAGGUAGGGGAGCUGUACCCUCCCUCAGGGCAGGUUACGUAUCGCGUAAUCCAAGUCGCAGAUGGACAGCUGGAAGCUCAAACUGACAGUGCAACAGCUGUUAGUGUAGUGACUGGGUUUCCUGCUACAACACAGCCUCUUACUCAGGCUGUUUUUUCUCAGUCAGAAGGCUUGGAGGGCGAUGGCACAGAAACCCAUUACACAUACUAUCCUGCUACUAUCUCAGACGCAGCGGCCGGCACCAUGGUGACUGGUGUUCAGGCCUCAGAUGCUCUGCUUAGUCAAAGUGCUCCUGCAGGUCAGUUGUAUGUUAUGAUGUCCCCGCAGGAGGUCCUUACUGGAGCCAACCAGAGGUCUAUUGCACCUCGUACACAACCUUACAAUGCUAAGACCGAGGGGCCAAGGAAUUCAAGAGAUGAGAAAAGGCGAGCUCAGCACAAUGAAGUUGAGCGAAAACGUAGAGACAAAAUUAACAACUGGAUUGUUCAGCUCUCCAAAACAAUUCCAGACUGCACCAUGGAUUCCACUAAAACUGGACAGAGUAAGGGUGGGAUCCUAUCAAAGGCCUGCGAUUACAUUCAAGAGCUGCGACAAAGUAACAGCCGGUUAGGAGAUGAACUGAACAGCCUUGACAGGUUGAAGAUGGAUAACCAGCUGUUACGGCAAGAGGUGGAAGAUUGGAAAUCUAAGAAUCAGAUUUUGAGGAGCCAGCUCCGGCAGCAUGGCAUAGUUGCAGCAGCAAGUGCAGAUCCCCAGUGAAGAGUUUAAAGGAUUUUGGAGUUUUGGAAAUUUA